AUGCCUGUACUCAAGUUCUCACACCGCGCUGAGCCUAUCAACGCCGAACAGCGCAUGAUCGGCCCCAUUCCUUUGCCAUGGUUCAUUCCCAUGUGUGUCUUUGCGCCGUUCUUCCUCUCGUUCAUAUGCUGGGUAUUCUAUCAACAAACGGUGACGCGGUACAAGAACAAGAAGCUAUUGGCAGCGCAACAAGAGCAACAGCGCUUAGCUGCUAAAGAGGUGGAGACGCAGAUGCAGCAGUUCAUUGGGUCGAGCCUAUUGUGA